UAUGGCCAGCAAGAAUAUGAUGAGUUGAAACGAGAUUGCUUCUUUGCAAGACAUGAUCAGAGCUCAUUGUCCCUCCCAAGAGUUCGUGAGAGAGAACCAAUACUCAAUACUUCACUCUCACUCCCUUUCUCCUUCAAAAAAAAAAAAAAUCUGUAACAUAGGCCAGGCAAGGCUUAAGGCAUGCUUUCUCUUUCAAACAACUCAUACUUUUUGUGUCUAUUAUGCUUUUGUUGUCACUGGUCCAGUUCUUGUACUUUUUUUUUCUUUUACAUUGUACGUUUGAGUUUUAUUGGGUUCUCUUAGAAUUCUAAGUACUCUUUGACAGUCAUGUCUGACUCUUCUCUUCUUUAAAGAAGGGUUUUUGGUGUUUUCUUCUUUGCCUUCUUGUAGAUUCGUUAACAGACUUUGAGCUCAAGAGUUUGAAGGGACUGUAAAUGUAUCAAUGGGACUAGAGAUGGAGUCAGACUUGGAGAAGAACUGCACAUUAGAUCUGAGUCCUAAGACUGUUCUUCCAUCUCCUCGACAACUUUCAAACAACGAAAAUAGAUAUCCAAAGCCAUGUCGUAAAGAUUUAUUGAGGGCAAAGGAGGCCUUUACUGAAAUCAGCUUUCGUCGCUACCGCAGUGCUUCUUGUAAGAACAUUCCAUGUAGAUCUGUUGGGCCAGAAGGUAAUGCUGAGCUGAAGCGAGGUUCCAUAUAUCAAAGCUCCGAAGAGGUAAGUAAAAUGAAAAAAUCAGGCAAUGUCGAGGGGAGGCAAAAACUUGAAUUAUCACGUAGUAGUGACACCUCUUUUUCCUUCAGAAUUGUUGAUUCUCUUUGUAACUCAGAAGAGGAAAGCCCACCAGAAAGAAAUCCAGUCAUGUCUGUUGGCUCAAACGUGAAAUCAGAAUCAAUUAGCAAACCUUACUUAGAAUCAUGCUCAUCAGGUGGCUUCAUUGAAAUCUGUCUAAGUUCAGGUAAUAAAAAUUCAGGUAAGGGAGAAAAACAAACAGCUGAAACCGUAGAGGCAGAUAAUAAGAGGGACAUAAGUUUUGGAUGUGAACCAGUUGUCAAUCCUUUAGACAAUGGUAAUGAUCUUGUUGAAAAAGACACAGUUUGCUAUCUGCAUAAGUCAGUCUGUGCUAAGGUCGAAGUGCCACAUUCACCCUCUUCAUCAGAAAGUGACUGGUUCUCCCGAACCAGCUCAAGGGCCAGAUUUAGUCCUAUUAGAAAGAUGUUUGAUCUGUUUAUGAGAUCAAAGUCUCUGCGAAGUCCUUUGGGUUAUGUAACAGAAGCUGACAGUGUCAAAACUAUUGUGAUGGAAAAUAUGAGAAGAAAUAAGACAUUUCGGAAAUCUUUGUUACCUGACUUCUCAAAUUCACCUCAGAAUUCUGAACUGGAUUCCCAGUUUAUCAAGAAAGAUAGCAUUCACUCGCCAGUAGCAAGCUCACCAGUUCACCUACAUGGUUAUCUCAAGUUGGGAGACAAACACGGGGUGCCAUUUUUUGAGUUCUCUGUGAAUCAACCAGAAGAUGUUUUUCUGGCCAAAACAUGGAAGGCAGAUAAUGCUUUCAAUUGGGUAUAUACCUUUCACUCUAUUGGCAACAGAAAGAAGAGCAAUGCCAUCAUAUGGGGAUUGAGUGACAGUAACAAAGAUUCAUCAAUUGUUGCACAGAUGCAAGUGUCCUGUUGUUUGUGUUCAGAAAUUAAAGAUGGUGGGGUUCUUGACAACUUCAUGGUUACGGACUUUGUUUUGUAUGAUAUUACACAUGCAAGACAACGUGUUUCUAUCCAAGGAUCCCCUCAUAUUCAUAGAACCCCUAACUGUUCUAGUCCAGGCUUGGCCGUGGGAUGUUAUGCAUCAGAUGAUAGCUCUAGUGCGGUGAAGCUUAAAGAUCACUUCAAUCUUGCUUCUGACAGUGAUGGGGUUGAAUCCCCAAAUGGAUCAACUCCACGGCUACCUGAUGAUUUGCAUCCGAAUCUUGAAAUUGCAGCCAUAGUCAUUCAAGUACCAUUUAAGAAGAGAGAGAGCUUAAAAUACAGAAGAGGGGAUAAAAUAGGUGAUAAGAGGCAUUUAAACCUACUCAAUGUCUCUAUGAUUGAGGAAAGUAAAAGCAACAUACAAGAUAACAGGAGCCAAGAAAAGGUGAAGGUGGUUAUUCCAUCUGGAAACCAUGGCUUGCCUAGUGCUGAGACACAGGGUCCUUCAUCACUACUGGAUAGGUGGAGGAUGGGUGGAGGUUGUGAUUGUGGAGGCUGGGACAUGGCCUGUCCCCUUGUAGUUUUUGGCAAUCCCAGUAUAAAUUGUUCUGACGAUCAACCACUGGUGGACAGUGAGCGGCCUUUUGAGCUUUUUCUUCAGGGUGCCAAAGAGAAUACACCAGCAUUGACCAUGACAGCUAUUGAAGGAGGGUAUGCAGUUGAUUUCCAUGCAAAGUUAUCUGCAUUACAAGCUUUUUCCAUUUGUAUUGCUAUAUUGCAUGGUACAGAAAACUCCGCUGCUGCUGGGGAGGCACAAACCAAGCAUUUGUCCCAAUGCAAUUCACUAAAAGCACUUCUUGGGGAGGAAGUGAAAUUCUUAAUUGAAGCAGUCACAGAGGAGGAGAAGAAAGUCAGCAAGAAGGUGGAAGCAAUCCCACCAUCCUAUGUGAUUAACCCUCCAUUCUCUCCAAUUGCUCGAGUUUAGACCUGAAACAACUGGCUUAUUGAAUUAAAAUAGCCUUUCCAUAUGUGCUUAGGAGUGGCUGUUGCCAAAAGCAAGUGAAAAAGGGAUGGAGCUUUAGCACUAAAAAUGGAGAGGGGUCACACAUUCUGCCAUUUCACAUGAGGGUUACUGUACAGGGGAUGUCUAUAUUCAAUGGGAUAGACAUAGAUGCACAUCUUACACGGUAAAUCCGAAACGCAUGUCUUGAAUACUGUCAAACUGAUUUACAGAUUGAUAUGCGAGUUCCUGCCACAAAGAGGGUUACUACACUCGCACAAGAAUUCCUUCACUAUACUAUUGAUUCAUUCUUCACUUCUAUAAUUAGAAUUAAAAUAGAAACACCAUACUGUUCAUAUUGUAACUUGAUAGCAAGGGAAAAGUAGUCAUGUAGCUGUUGAGACGUUUUGGAGAUAAAAAUCUUGUUUCCUUCUACUUGUAUUUUAUCGAGGCUAUGGAGCUAUGAGGGUAGUAAAUCAUAGAAAAUUUUACCUGAAAGUUCCCUUUUAGUCUUUUACUAUGU